GCGACUGGCGGGCAUCCCUCGCCCCGCCCCCUUCCAGAGAUCUGGGCCCAGGCGGUUCCAGCAGCCCCAGGUCCAUUGAAUCUGCCGCCGCUUCCGACGGGCACCUUCGCUCAGCAGUUCCGUCAGCGGAGACUCUGCUCUGUCCUCAGCCUCUUCGUCUGCCUCUCCCGCCUCCGUCCGCUCGAGUUCUCUCGCCUCUGCCUCAAGUGUGAGAAGGGAAAGUUGGGCGACACUGCGCGGUUUCACCCGGACAGAGGUCCAGUCCCGCUCGGAUGAGAGACAGGUGCCCUCUCGCGCAGCCCCGGCCCGGCCACAGCAAGCACGUUCUGCCUCCCGGCCCGCGGGUUCCUUCAGAAGCCACUCGGCGCCUCACCCGGGACUCCCCCCGGCUCGGGGCCGCGAUGGGACCCACGGCCGCCACCAAGUUCACCGGGCGCUUGCCGCUCCUGUUUCUCCUGCUGCUGCUGCUGCUGCUGCUGCGCGGGAUCGCGGCGGCGCCCUUGGGGUUGGGCGUGGGCGCGACGAGCGGCGGAGAUGCUCUCUCGCUUUCCUACCAUUUCUUCAUCACAUCACAGGCCAGGCCUGGACAACCAUGGUGUGAGGUUCAAGGCCAGAUCAAUGGCAAAACAUUUCUUUCCUAUGACUGUCAGACCAAGGAGUUCAAACCCAUUGGUCCUCGGGGGAUGAAGCUGAAGGACACAGCAUUUUGGCAGCAACAGGAGGAAACUGUGAAAUUCCUGGUGGAAGAGCUCAGAAAGAAAGUGUUGGACAUCAAAGCAGAGAAUUUCAUUAAGAGCGGUUCUCUCACCAUGCAGGGGAGGCUCAUGUGUGAACGUGGGUCCGAUGGACACACCAGAGCAUUCUGGCAGUUUCGCUUCAAUGAGUCGAUAACCUACCGCUUUGACCCGAAGAACAGAAAGUGGACAGUGGAUCAUUCUGGAGGCCAACAGGUUAAGGACGUGUUGGAUGGUGACAGAGAGCUGACCAUGCUGCUCGUGAGGACCUCCAACGGAGACUGUCAGAGCUGGCUCCAGCAAGUGUGGGAGCACUGGGAUGAAACCCAGGAGACCACAGUGCCACCAACCAUGCGACAAGACACAGCCCCGGGCAGGGCCAACGCCAUCAGACCCGGCACCUGGAUCUUCCCCCUGCUCUUCAGCUGUGUGGUCAUACUUGGCUUCCCUGUUGGAGACCAUUAG